AUGAAGGAAAUAGCAAGAAGCUACCUGUGGUGGCCGAGCAUGGACAAACAGAUUGAGGACAUGGCAAAAAGUUGUUCAUUUUGCCACAAAGUCAGAAGUAACCCACCACUGGCUCCCCUUCACCCCUGGGAAUAUCCACAGGAGCCAUGGCAUCGUGUGCACAUUGAUUUUGCAGGACCAUUUGAAGAUAGGAUGUUCCUUGUAGCUGUUGAUGCACACAGUAAAUGGCCUGAGGUGGUGAUCAUGAGAUCAACUACCACUGAAAAGACAAUUGAGAAGCUAGGAGAAAUGUUUAGUCCUUUUGGAUCUCCAACACAGCUGGUCUCUGACAAUGGACCACAACUUGUCUCUCAAGAGAUGAGUGCAUUUCUACAAGCUAAUGGAGUGCAACACAUUAAGUCAGCACCCUAUCACCCUGCAACAAACGGCCUUGCUGAGAGGUUUGUUCAGACCCUGAAACAUGCGCUUAAAACAUCACAAGGGCAAGGAACAUUACAUCAGAGACUGCAUAACUUCCUGCUAAACUACCGCAACAGUCCCCAUGCCACCACAAAGAUGUCUCCGGCCAGCCUAAUGCUAAAGAGAGAUCUGCGCACCACCUUUGACCUUUUAAAGCCCUUAGCCGUAAAAGACACUGUUCAUGGUCAACAACAAAAACAGAUUAAGCGCAGAGAACAACAUGCCAAUGACAGAGUUUUCACUGCAGGAGGAUCUGUGCUGGUGAGAAAUUACCGUGGUGAACCUAAGUGGGUCCCUGCCACUGUUAUUGCCCAAACCGGACCUGUGUCCUAUACAGUCCAAACUACUGAUAGUGUCUGGAGAAGACACGUGGACCAACAACUCCAUACUCCAUCUGUGCCUGCAGAGCUGUCUCGAGGAGAAUCUUCAGAUCCAUCUCCAUCAGUGCACCCUCCAGCACUAGUGCGGAACCCAGCCACAGCAGAGACCAAGAUUCCAGCUGCAGAUAUGCCUGCAGAAGGGACAGAGACACCCCCUUGUGCAUCAGCACCUGUAACAAGUUCACCACUACAGAACACUACUGUUCCCACAGACCGCAGAUACCCUGCAAGAGAGCGACGACCUCCCAUCCGUCUGACUUUGUAG